CCAAUUCCUGUAUCCAUGGCAUCAAGAUGUCAGAGUGGAUUUGCCGUGUAUUAAGCUGUUGGAUGAACCUGUGGUUUCAGCAUGUUGUGCUGUUUGUCUAGUAGUCAUACUGUAUUAACCGAAAUGUUUAAGCAUAAUUAUAAAAUGACUUGAUAAACCCUGCGCUCCGUAGUGACCUGCAGUGGAAGAACUAGGCCAGCUUGUGUAAACGCGAUACCGUAUGAACUAGGCUAGGUGUCAUCUCAUCUGGAGUAUAUUCUACUACAUUAGGCUAGGUGUCAUCUCAUCUGGAGUAUAUUCUACUACAUUUCUACGGGUUUUUUAUCUAUGUAUCAUUAAAAAAGAUGGUAUUUACUCAUGUACCACUAAAAAGUUUGUUCGCACUUCUAUACCAUCAUGUAAAUUUUCUUUGCUCUGUAUAACAUUCUGUUCACCUUCCGUUAGGAUUUAACGAGCACUGACAGGUGGGACUGGACGUGUAAAUUGACCAUCUUGCCUUUUGCACUUGCAGUUACACCCACCGCCGCCCACAGCGACGCUCUCCGGCGUACGCCGCCCGCCAAGGACACCAAGCCCAGCCGUCCCGCGAGGACUCCGGCCGCCGGGGCCUCAACUCUGUGUUGCGGGCGCGGGGCAGGGCGACUCCGGCCGCCGCGGGCGCUCAGGAUCGAGGACAACAGAGCGCUCUUCGGGACAGCGAGGUUUUUCAAGGGGGGAUGGAUCAGACCAAAACUCUGAAGAAGAUUGUAUAGACGAUGGAAAAUAACGGUGCUGAUGUAUAUAAGCUCAAUGAGCUAAAAAACAGUACUGGUGUAUACCACCCGUAAAUAAAAUAUUCCAUUCGAUUAAUCAGUGGCCAAGGUUGUACAGUACAGACGAUGGAAAAAAACGGCAAAGACCUGUUUGAAGUUCUGGCACAUGCCGACAUCAAUUCUAGCUUAGGCUUACCAGUUGUACUUAAUCUGGUUGUAACGGGCAGGUGUGAACUUUCGAUAUAGAUAAUCCACCACCCAGUUUUUUGUCCACCAGCAACCUCUCGUCUGAACAUAAAGCAGUGCAAUGAGGGUAUAUCCACCUCUAUUGUGUUUCUAAAUCAAGUAUCAGUGAAACUAGUAUAUAUGUGCAUCUUAUUAGUCACUGCCUAAGGUUUUAUAGACGCUGAAGUGUUGAACACUAAUGACAUCGACUGGUUUGAAGCUCUCAUGGCACAGUGAUUUAUCAACAGUGAACUAAUAAUAACCAAUUCACACGCCCAUGGCACACAUCUAGCUCGUGUAAGUAAUAGAUAGAGAAGUCUGAACCCUCACCUUGUACAUUUGAACUUUCUUUCUAACUGCACAUGUAGGAUUGCUAGUUGCUAGCUUAUAUUCAUGCAAGUUGGUAGGGUCCAUGCAUUCUCGCGGCUCUCCUAUAUAUACACACGCAAACUAAGUUGAUCCUACUCAGUUACUCAUCCCCUAACAAUAAUCCAUCUGCCUAGAUAACAACUUCUCACAAAAUUGAGCGAACAAGUAAGCAGCAAUAUAGGCUGCCAAUAGUGGUAGAGGCAUGAAGCUUCAUACCAGGUAUCUUCCCCAAUCUUCAUCAACUUGUGCUGAUGAAUUCGAACAUUUUGCCUGUGACCACCAGCCGGCGAUCAAUGAGAUUGUCAAAGUGCAAUCACUUGUUGCCCAGCUACAGGCCAUCGUUCUGCCGGCAUGUGAAAUGAUGGCCGACCUUCGGUCGGAACUCGUCUCCCAGCUGUUUGGCAACCUUCAAGAUUGCACAAGUAAGGCGAUAUCAGAGCUGCAGACUCACCACAGAGCGCAAAUGAUCGAUAUAGACAGGAGGAGGUUAGCAGCGAAUAUUUCUGAUUGCAAGAAGGUUUGUGCAAAGAAGAAAUCUAGGAUAAACAGUAGGUAUGGUGACUCAACAUCAUAUAUGACGCCUGUUCCACACUAUGAUGGCCACCAAUGGAGGAAAUAUGGGCAGAAGACCAUUAAAAACUCAAAGCACCAAAGGUGUUACUAUAGGUGCGCAUACAAGCAUGAGCAGAAUUGCAUGGCAACCAAGACCGUGCAGCAACAGGAACACAACACCACUGAAUCUGUGAUGUACACAGUUGUCUACUAUAGCCACCACACUUGCAAGGCCAACACCGAUCCUGCUCCGCCCCAUAUCAUUGAGACGAGUACUCCCCAAAGUGCAAUGAUGAGUUCGGAUAGCAUUAUUGGAUCACAGGAAAUAGUGUCUCCACAUACUGGAUCUCACAAAAUACUAGAGAAUGAGCUUGCUACACUACAAUGGACAGAAGAUAUGCAGGAGUUGCUCGAGAAACUCGCAGAUGUGCCACUGGAUUCAGACAUCUGGGAAAUGGUUCAAUUCUAAGGUCACGUUGAAGGUCAUAUUAGGUGCUUGCUGGAUCAACUGAAUUGCAACUAAAAUUAGUACCUUAAUUUUUGUGGCUCUUAGUUUAUAUAGUAUUCCAAUAAUCGAAGUCCUGAUGUGAUGGUUGCUAGAUUAAAAUAUUUGGAAUUAUUGGGUUUAAAUAACCUCUUUACUUUAGAAACUACAUGGCAUGUGUAUAUGUAUGAAGGAAUGCAUGGACAUCUAUUCACGAAAGGUUGUCUUUUCUCGGAAGGACACCUAUUAGUGAAACGAAACAUUGAG